CUUCCAUUUUCCUUCUUCUCUUCUAUAUACCCGGAGACGGUAACCAAGCCCAUUCCUUUUCAUCAAAAAAGAUGCGAUCUGACGACGACGACGACGACUUCCAGAUCCCUCUGACCCAAACAACAACGCGAAGGCCUCUCGAGCCCUCCAAUUCCUCCAAUCGCGUGUCCAAGAAACCAAAACGCUCCGGCAAAGAGAACAACGCACCGGGACCCACCUCCUCCGCUCCUGUUCUGAAAUCGCAAUCCGAUACACCGUCGUAUCGGACGGUCCCUGAUGCGCGUCCAAAAAUUAGGGAGCAUAAUAGUAAUGGUGAUUCUAGCGGUUGGGAUUGUGAUGGGAAAGGGGGAUUGCUGACAAAAAGUGGGGGCUGUUUAAGCAAUUCGAUAGAGUCUAGGUUAAUGAGGGGCGGAGUUGAUUUGGGUUUAAGUGAGGAUUUUGAGGUGGGUGCGGAGCUCGAUGUGUUGCUCAAGCUGUGUUCUCAGGUAGAAGGGGAGGAGGAUGCUGAUGCUGUUAAUGGCGUAGCCAUUCGUCCGCAGCAUGUAGAUGGGUUACACGAUGAUCAAGUUUUUGCUCAAAUUCAAUGUCCUCUGUGUGGGAUUGAUAUCUCCCACAUGAGUGGUGAGCAACGUCAACUACACACUAACGAGUGUCUCGACAAAGAGGAAACUCAAGCUGGAGAAGUUGUUCUUCCCGAUGAUGACAGCAAACCCCAAAUUCCUCCGCAGGUUGUUGAUGUCUCUCCUGUUCUCGAGUGGCUGCGCAGUCUCGGUUUAGAAAGAUAUGAGGAUAUUUUUGUUCGAGAAGAGAUUGAUUUUGACGCCCUACAGUGGCUCACAGAGGAGGAUCUGUUGAGCAUUGGUGUCACGGCACUUGGUCCCAGGAAGAAAAUUGUGCAUGCUCUUAGUGAACUUAGAAAAGGAAGUGCCCAUGCGGUUGAAACACACAGUGAUAUGCAUGCCUGUUCUGAACCUCAAAGGCGCAGCGCCAAUGGAGUUGAAAUGCACAGUAAUGCCUCUGAGGGAACAGUUGACGAAACUAAGCAGUUAGCUGCAAACAAGUUGAUUACUGAUUAUUUUCCAGGCGCUGCCACUGAUAGGAAGAAAGUAAACUCCUCUGUGGGACUGAGUGGCAUGGGAAAAAGAUGCUCAAAAUCUGCUGGUAAACGUGCUAUGGUGAAAAAUGAUAUUAAAAAUGGAAAACGCAUGGAUGUUCCCUUGUGGUGCUGCAUACCAGGAACACCAUUUCGAGUGGAUGCUUUUCGAUAUCUUAGAAGGGAUUGUUCCCAUUGGUUUCUCACUCACUUUCAUAUGGACCAUUAUCAAGGCCUAACAAGGUCUUUCUGUCACGGAACAAUUUAUUGCUCCUCUAUCACGGCUAAGCUUGUGAAUAUGAAGAUUGGGAUCCCAUGGGACAGAUUGCAAAUUUUACCCCUUAACCAAAAGAUCAAUAUUGCUGGUAUUGGUGUGACCUGCUUGGAUGCAAACCACUGUCCUGGUUCCAUAAUGAUACUUUUUGAACCAGCCAAUGGUAAGGCUAUUCUACAUACUGGGGAUUUUCGCUUUAGUCAGGAAAUGGCAAACAUAUCUCUUUUGCAAUCAUGCCCUAUCCAUACUCUUAUCCUUGACACUACUUACUGUAACCCCCAGUAUGACUUUCCAAAGCAAGAGGCUGUCAUACAGUUUGUCAUUGAUUGCAUUCAAGCCGAAGCUUUCAACCCUAAAACUCUUUUUCUGAUUGGUAGCUACACAAUUGGAAAGGAACGGCUGUUCUUGGAGGUUGCUCGUGUUCUACGCAAAAAGGUUUAUGUCAAUGCAGCAAAGCUGCGUAUUUUAAGAUGUUUGGGGUUACCCGAGGAGGAUAUGCAGUGGUUUACAUUGAAUGAACAGGAAAGCCACAUUCAUGUUGUUCCUAUGUGGACACUUGCGAGCUUCAAACGGCUGAAGCACAUAUCCAAUCAAUAUGUGGGUCGAUUCAGUCUUAUAGUGGCUUUCUCUCCUACUGGGUGGACGUUUGGCAAAGGAAAGAAGAAGUCUCCAGGGCGAAGGUGGCAGCAGGGGACCAUUAUAAGGUACGAAGUGCCAUACAGUGAGCAUUGCAGCUUUACAGAACUCAGAGAUUUUGUUAAGCUUGUUUCUCCUAUAAAUGUAAUACCAAGUGUAAACAAUGAAGGGGAAGAUUCUGCAAAUAUGAUGGUCUCCCUCCUGUUAUCUUGAUUUGUACACCACAGGCCUUGAGAGGGUUAAAAUUGUAAAGUAUGCUGUGAACUGUAUUGAAGGGA